AUGUUUGACCCAGUUAUGGAACUGGAAAACCAGACCAGAGUCCAGGAAUUUAUCCUCCUGGGGUUCCCCACCAUUAUGGAACUUCAAGUACUGCUUUUCAUAAUAUUCCUUGUUGUAUACAUCCUGACAAUCUUGGAGAACAUUGUGAUCAUCACCCUAAUCAGGACAAACCCUCAGCUCCACAAACCUAUGUACUUUUUCCUUAGUCACCUGUCUUUCCUGGAGACUUGGUACAUCUCUGUGACUGUCCCAAAGCUUCUUGUUAACUUUCUAGCAGAGAAAAAAAGCAUCUCCUUUGAAGGCUGCAUGGCCCAGCUCUACUUCUUCAUAUCUCUAGUCUGCACUGAGUGUGUCCUUUUGGCUGUCAUGGCAUAUGAUCGCUAUGUUGCAAUCUGUAACCCGCUACGCUACCCAGUCAUCAUGAGUGCCCGGCUCUGCUUACAACUAGCUGUGGGAUCCUGGCUGGCUGGUUUUCUCAUCUCCAUGCUCAAGGUCUUUUUCAUUUCCCGCUUGACUUUCUGUGGACCCAGUGUCAUCAACCAUUUCUUCUGUGACAUCUCACCUUUGCUCAACCUCUCCUGCACAGACAGGACAGUGGCAGAGAUGGUGGACUUUGUAUUUGCCCUCAUCAUCCUCUUAAUCCCACUCUUAGUCACUAUUGUCUCCUAUAUGUGCAUAAUAGACACGAUUUUGCAUAUCCCAACUGCCCAGGGAAAAAGAAAAGCCUUCUCCACCUGUGCCUCUCACCUCACUGUGGUUAUCAUCUUCUAUUCAGCUACCCUCUUCAUGUAUGCUCGACCAAGGAGAAUUCAUUCUUUUAAUCUCAACAAACUUGUGUCCAUUGUGUAUACUAUUGUCACCCCUAUGUUAAACCCUUGCAUUUACUGUCUACGGAAUCAAGAAGUAAAGGAAGCCCUGAAAAAGAUUUUUUGUAGCUUUAUUGCUGGCUCCAUGGUUAUUUCUAGUUCCCAUUAG